AUGCCUCUCGCGGCCUCCGCCCUCCAGCCCUGUCUCUGCGACGCCGCGGCUCCUAUUCCCGCCUGCUGGUUCUCCAACCGCCGCCCACACACCUCAUUAGAUAGGCGCGAUGCUCGAGCGGGCCCGCUCGGUUGUGGACGACCCAUGGUCGGCUUGGUUGGGAUAGACGGGCUGGAUGUGCCGUUGCUUGGCGUCAAGGGGGGCAGGCGGGGAUUCCCGGUGUGCUGCUGCGCGCCGGGGGAAACAGAGGCCGGCCUGGUGAUGAUGCCCAUAUUUCCUCUGGACAUGGUGGCGCUGCCGGCGUCCACGGUGCCCCUGCAGAUUUUUGAGGCCAGGUAUCGGGUGCUGUUUAGCACGCUUCUCGGCAGUGGCGAAGGGGUCGACGAACAUCUCAUCCAGAAGGAGAGCCCAUUCCUGGGUUCCAGGAAAUUUGGGAUGUCUUUCACUAGCCAAGGAGGAAUUGCCAAAGUUGGGACAAUCCUUGAGAUUCAACAACAUGUGCCCCUGGAGGAUGGGCGCAUGCUGGUCACAUCAAGUGGGGUGCAGCGAUUCCAGAUUGUUAAUGUAGUACAGGAACGACCAGUGCUUGUGUGUGAAGUGAAGAUGCUUGAAGACACACCUGGUGAAGAUGAGAAGUUGGUCCUGGACCUUGCCGAUGAGGUUAGGGAACUGUUCCGCAGUGCCUUACAACUGCACCACAAACUAAAGGGUACGCAGUCAAAGACAAAGGUCAAAAAGGAGCAGCUGGAACCAGAGGAGCUGUCUGAGCUGCCGGCAUGCGACCUCUCCUUUUGGAUUGCAUCCAUGUUCCAGGACAGCCGUCAGGAGCAGCAGAACCUGCUGGAGGAGUCGAGUGUAUUGGGACGGUUAACGAUGGAGAAGGACAAGACCCAGAGGCGUCUGGACCGGAUUAGUGGUACUCCCGCCAGGGUUGCCGCCACUUCGUCACGCAGCGCAGCGAGGGAGUUGGGAUGGCGAAAAUGCCCCGUGGCAGUUGUGCUGUGUUGA